AUGUCCAACGAGAUCGUGGACGACAAGUCAGAGCACUGCGUCCCGUUCAUUCUCGAGCGUAUCAAGCUUCACGGAGACUCCUACAAGGGCAGAGGCGAGGCUCCGCCUCCUUUCUUCAUAGGCCUCAAUGGUGUCCAGGGCGCGGGGAAAACAACCUUGGUUGAAACGCUAAAGGAGACGCUCUCGACAGGUCACGGCCUCCCGACACUUGUAUUCUCAAUAGACGAUUUAUAUCUACCUCAUGAGAAGCAGGAAGAACUAGCCAAAGCACAUCCGAACAAUCCACUUAUUCAGCAUCGCGGUCAGCCAUCAACGCACGAUGUCGAGCUCGGACGCAAACUAUUCCAAUCACUGGCAGACCGGAAGCCCAACAUCAAAGUCCCGAGCUACGACAAGAGCGCUUACAGCGGAGCCGGCGAUCAGGUACCAGAGCAGAAGUGGCCAACGGUGAAUUCAGACCCAGCGAAGCCGAUCGAAGUUGUCCUAUUCGAAGGCUGGUGCGUUGGCUUCCGUGCCUUGGACGACGCCGCGGUCGAAAAGAAAUGGCGGACUGCGAAGGCCCAGGCAGACAGCGAUGCUGGUGACUACAAGGGUCGACUGGGAAAGCAGAAACUGGAAAGCGUGCUGUUUGUGAACAGUCGUCUUCGAGACUAUGAUGUUUUGACCGAUCGCUUUGAUGCCUUCAUGCUCGUAGACGCUGAAGACACGCUGUACGUUUACGACUGGAGAUUAGACGCCGAGAGGAAGAUGAAGAAAGCAAAGGGCAGUGGAAUGUCGGACGAGCAAGUCGUCAACUUUGUCAACGGCUAUUAUCCUGCGUAUGAACUCUACACUGACGUUCUGCGCAACGGCAUCUUCCAGGACGAAAAAGGCAAGCAGUUGCGCCUCAAUACCGACCCUCCACCUUCCUCCCAGUACAGCUCCAGCACGUACCUACGCCCGCCAUUCCCGAAAGAUAGCCCCAGCGCACAGGCCAUGAAACACCUCGACCUCGACGGACACGAUCUCCCGCCCUCCCCCGCGCCAUCCAGCCCCUCUAAUGGUCGGAAGUACGCCCUCGCCACGGAGCUGCACAAUGCGAGCUCCACCCCGAUAUACCAGUCGGCGACAUUCAAGGGAGGGCCGGGGCAGGAAUAUGACUACACACGCAGUGGCAACCCCACGCGCACGCAGCUGGAGCGGCAUCUGGCGAAGAUCAUGAAUGCCAACAGAGCACUGGCCGUCUCUUCUGGCAUGGGCGCAUGCGACGUCAUCACGAGAAUCUUGAAGCCUGGAGAUGAAGUCGUGACCGGAGACGAUCUCUACGGCGGGACGAAUCGCCUCUUGACCUACCUCAAAGAGAACAGCUCGAUCAUCGUACGCCACGUGGACACCACGAAGCUGGAGACCGUCAAGGCUGCUUUGACCGACAAGACUGCCAUGGUUCUGCUGGAAACACCCACAAACCCGCUGAUCAAGAUUGUGGACAUUGCGGGAAUUUCUGCCGCUGCUCACGAAGCCAACCCGCAGGCCUUAGUCGCAGUCGACAACACGAUGUUGUCGCCCUACCUGCAAAACCCGCUUGACCUUGGUGCAGAUAUCGUGUACGAAAGUGGCACAAAAUAUCUCUCCGGACACCAUGAUCUCAUGGCAGGUGUGAUCGCAGUCAACAACGCGGCGCUUGCAGAACGAUUCUAUUUCGUCAUCAAUUCCACGGGCUGUGGUCUCGCUCCUUUCGACAGCUGGCUGUUGCUGCGCGGCGUCAAAACCCUCGCCGUGCGCAUGGAAAAGCAGCAAACCAACGCCAUGACAAUCGCACAGUUUUUGGAGGCGCGCGGUUUCAAGGUCCGCUUCCCCGGGCUCAAGUCUCAUCCUCAAUACGACCUGCAUUGGUCACAAGCUCGAGGUGCGGGCGCCGUGCUGAGCUUCGAAACGGGAUCCGUUGCAUUGUCCGAGCGAAUCGUUGAGUCGACACGUCUCUGGGGCAUCUCGGUCUCCUUUGGCUGUGUGAACAGUCUGAUCUCUAUGCCUUGUGUCAUGAGCCAUGCUUCCAUUGACCCCGCGACUCGUAAAGAGCGCGCCCUACCGGAAGACAUCAUCAGGCUGUGUGUUGGCAUCGAGGACAUUGCGGACCUGGUGGAUGAUUUGUCGCAGGCGUUGGUCAGGGCUGGAGCGGUUAGACUCACAGAUGAUGGCUUCGUGGCGUUGGAUGUGAAUGAGUCGGGGAGGACGACGCAAGUCGUGGACCAGCCGUAG